AUGUCUGAUCAAGAAGAAACAACACCUAGAGGAGCUAAGACUCAUAAAGGCANAAUAGAUGUACUUAGUAGAUAAGGUAGUAAUAUUAAUUUGUAAGAACUUAAUGAUUUAUUUCAUUAAUAAAUGGCUUUUGAUUGUUUAUCAACUGAAAAAAUAAAUUAUCAAGAUUUCUAACUUAAAGAUGUAACAUUUAAAAAGAAAGUUGAAGAUAUUCAUGAUCCUAGAAGAUGUAUUUUAUUUAGACAUUUUAUUGAAUUAAUUGUAAGAUUAUCAUAUUUAAAAUAUGGCAAUCUAAUUGAUUUACAUAGAGCAAUUGAAAGAGUAAUAAUUAGUAAAUUGACUCCAUAUUUUGAAAGAAAAAAGGGUAAAUAGAAUUAAUCUUUGGAUGAUACUAAAAAAUCUACUCAUCCUAAAAUUAUUAUUGGUGAUUUUAUUGAUGAAGUUAAACCUAUAUUUGAUGUAUGGUCUAUUGAAAAUAGAGAGACUUAAUUUGGAUUUACUGAUAGAACUAUUAAUUUAGAAUAAAUAUAUAAGUUAUUAAAUGCUUCAGAAUAAGAUAAACUUAUUUUAAUAAGUUAUGUUGAUAAAAACUUUGAUACUGAUGAAGGACAAAUAACAUAAUAAUCUAUUUCAUAAAUUGAUUAAUCCUCUGUUAAUUAAACAGUCAGAGAAGAUGGAAAUAAACGUAGAAAGAAAUAAUAAGAUUAGACUGCUGAAAAAGAUCAAAGGAAGACUUUAGAAAAAUCUACAUCUAUUAUUAAAUAUGAAUUAUUGUUGUUUGAAUUUACAGAUAUUCUAACAUCAUUCUUAGUCAAAAAAGUAUUCAUUCUAUAUUUAUCAUCAUCUAGCAUAAAGACUUACAUACCAAUAAAGAAGAUGAAUUCAAAAUAAGAAUGAGUAAUCAUAUCAAAAAAUUGAAAAACAGAAAACCUCCUACUUUAAACAAAUACAAAUAGCCAAGAUUAGAACCCUAGACAUAGAAAGAUAUUUAGAAAGAACAAUUAAAAUAAUUAAGAAUAUAAUAAGAAAUUAAAGCUAGAUAAAGGAAAUUAUUAGAAGAAGAAAGAAAAUAAGAGUAUAAUUACUAAUUUAUAAUAAUAGAGAAAGAGAGAGAAAUUUAAUGGCAUUAGAAGAUAAUGAUAUCAAAUCAGAACAUGAAGAUGAUGAGGUGGAAAGUGAAGAAAGCGAUUAUUGA